CCUCCUGAAUCCAGUAGAAACAGUACUACUACGUACUACUGUAGAGUUUUUGCAAGCUCGGUGCGUGGUGAUAUACCCCAAUGGCGAACGCGGGGCUGAAGCCGGUGGCCGGCCUUCUCCUGGUGCUCAACUUCUGCAUGUACGUCAUCGUGGCGGCGGUCGGCGGCUGGGCCAUCAACCACGCCAUCAACACCGGCUUCUUCAUCGGUGCCGGGCUGGCGCUGCCGGCAAACUUCUCGCCGAUCUACUUCCCGAUGGGGAACGCCGCGACAGGGUUCUUCGUCAUCUUCGCGGUGAUCGCCGGAGUCGUCGGCGCCGCGGCGGCGAUCGCUGGGUUCUACCACGUCCGCGCGUGGAGCCACGAGAGCUUGCCGGCGGCGGCGUCCUCCGGGUUCAUCGCCUGGACGCUCACCCUGCUCGCCAUGGGGUUGGCCGUCAAGGAGAUCGACCUGCACGGCAGGAAUGCCAGAUUGAAAACUAUGGAGUCCUUCACCAUCAUUCUCUCGGCGACGCAGCUGUUCUACCUUCUCGCCAUACACGGCGGGAGGUAGACGAAGGUCUUAUCUUUCUGAUUAUAUAUAUGAGCGUGUGAAGGUGAUCAGGGCGGAACGACUUAAUUUGGCUGGAAAUUUGAUUUCACCUGCCGGUUUAUGGGUUAAGUUCGACGGGGAUCCAGAGGAGCAAUUUGUGCUUUGUACGAAUACGUGUGUGUUUUAUGUGCCAGUGUGUGACUAGUGCUGCUAGUAAUUCGUGUAACUACUUGAAUUCCCGUGUGAUUUAUUGAUUAUUUGGAUGCGUUAAUUCAUGCUGUACUCUUGGAUGGUGAUGGUUACCUAUUUUAAAUCCAAUCUGAAUUCUGAACGGGUAUCUCACAGAGACACAA